AUGAAUCUUUAAGAGGGAUAAAAUGAUGAGUAUGAGCCUUUCAGAAGACCUCCAAACUUUGAAUUAGCUAAAAAUCAUGCAGUAAUAAAUUUUAGAUGAUUUUCAAAGAAAGCGAAUAAAUUUAGUUAUUCGAAAGAGAUAGAAAACAUAGACAAUGUUGAAUAUUGUCCUUGUUGUGGAUUUCCUAUAAUUGAAUCAUAACUAAGUUAUUGCUGUAGAAAUGAAGAGUUAGCUUUUAAUGGAGCAGGAGUACCAUUAUUCUUUGAAUUCAUUAUAUUUGUAGCCAUUUUACUAUUCUUAAAUUUGUAACAAUAUCAUAACCAUUUUUUAGUUUAAUAUCUGGGUUGUAUAAUGCAUUAAAUAAUUAUUAUGGAGCAUAAUGUGAAAUUAAUUCUUCUGUCUGCAAACUAAAUUAUUAUAACACUUACUCACUUACUAAUAGCUCUAGGUAUUCAAUUAUUUUAAAAUAUUAGAUAACCUGAUGUUAUUUUGUUAGGAUUAGACAUUUGUAAUAUUUUAGCUAUGAUUUUCUUUUCAAUUUAUUAUAGAAGACAUUUGAAUAUUAUAGCUACAAAAAUAGAUGAAAAGAAUAUCUCAAUAUCUGAUUACUCCAUUCAAAUAAGUAAUUUACCUAUAUCCUCAACCAAAUAAGAGAUUUAAAAUUACUUUUCAGAAGUUAAAUUAAAUGGAUCUUCUAUUUCAAAAUUAAAUAUUAUAUAAAUUGUAUUAGGUUUUGAUAUUUAAGAAUACUAUUAAUUAACUAAACUUAAAAUUGAAAAUGAAUUAAGAAUAACAUCAAUUUUAUCUGAAUAGUAAAUUUAUCUAUUUGAAAUUUAAUAGAUAAAAUCUUUCUAUGGGGUCAUAAACAUAAAAUCUAGAAUAAUAAUUGGAUGAAAUCAAUGCUAAAAUUAUAUAAUUCCAAUAAAAUCCUCAAUUAUUUAAAUUUAGUGGUGUAGCAUUUAUAACAUAUAAUACUUCGACUUAAGCAAAGUAAAUAAGGAAAUAUCACACAUAAACUAAAUUUUAGUAUAUACUCUAAAAAUUACUAUUUUUCUAUCCUUUAGAAUCAACUAAGACAUUUUAAGGGAAAACUCCUCAUGUAAUUAGAGCACCAGAGCCAGGAGAUGUAAUUUGGGAAAAUUUAGGUAUUAACCCUUUAAUUUAGUUUAAAUAUUAAAUUUUAACAAAUUUAGGGUCGUUAUUUAUCUUAGCCAUAUGUUUUGGAUCUAUAUUGGGUGUUUCUGUAUAUCAAGUAUUGAAUGAUAUAAUUAAAGGAUAAAUUAAAUCAAUCUGAUAAAAGCAGCAGAUCGACUUCAAUCGAAUUGUAUAUAACAGUUUUUGGAUUAUUAGCUUCUUUAAUAAUUUCAAUACUAAAUAAUCUAAUGGGAUUAUUAAUAAAAAAGUUUGUAGCAUUGGAGUUGCAUUCAACUUAGACAGAAUUCAAUAUAAGUUUUGCUAAUAAAUUAGGGAUAGUAAUAAUUAAAUAUAUAAAUAGGCUUAAUUUAUAAAUACAGCAAUUAUACCACUUUUAGUAAAUAUAGCAUUAAAUGAUCAAGAUAUAUUAACAUAAACUUGGAAAGAUGGUGGAUUAAUAUCUGAUGUUUGUUUAGUUCUAAUAAUGAAUGCCAUAUUUCCAUGGUUAUUUAAUUUAUUGGAUCCAUAUUUCUUUUAUAGAUAAUAUUUAAUGAGAAAAUCAUAAAAUUAGGGAUAGAAUUGUGCCUUAACUUAAAGGGAAGCUAAUUUACUUUUUGAAGGAUAAACUGGAGAUUUAUCAAAAAAAUAUGCAACAAUAACAAAAACAUUAAUGCUAUCAUUUUUUUAUGCUUAACUCAUUCCUUUAGGUGUGUUAAUAUCUUUAGGUUUUAUAAUCAUCAAUUAUUGGGUUGAAAAAUACUUAUUAGUUUAUCGUUAUUCUAAGGGUCCAACAAUAGGUAGUUAGUUAGCAGAUGAAUAAGUAGAUACUUAUAUAGAGUUGGCAAUUUUAUUAUUUUCUAUAGGAAAUUGUAUUUGGUAGAUUCUUUUGUAAAAUGAAAUACAUUAUUUGGUUUGGUUUCAAUUAAGUUUGGGGAUUGCUCAGUAUUUAUUUCCUGUGGAUUAAAUAUUUGAUAAUUUUAUAAAAAUGGAGGAACCUGAAACAGAAUCAACAUUUGAGGAUAAUCAAAUAUUUAUAUGGGAUGAUUAUGGAAAACGAAAUCCAGUUACAAUGCAAAAUGAAAUUGAAUAAUGGAUUUUAUAAAUAAGUAAAAGAAAAACUAAUAAUUUAUAAAAUAAGAAAAUGUUAAAAUAUUUCAAUAGAGUUAAAAAAUAAAAGUAAAACAAAUAAAUUGAAUUAUAAGAAUCAAUUGCAAAUUCAUUAAUCACUUCUAAAUUUUUGAAGGUAAUUUCUUGAAUAAUAAUAUAGUUUUUAAUUAAUAAAAAAUAAAUUUAUCCAUUGCAUUAAGAGUUUAUUCACAAAUUGAAAACUAAAACAAAAACUAAGAAUUAAACUGAAAAUCAAGAGUAAGCAAAUUAUUGUUAAACAAUAAAUUAAUCAAUUUAAGAAUUAUAGAUUUGA